AUGGUUUUAGUUCAAGAUUUAUUACAUCCAAAUCCAAUUACUGAAAAUGAAAAGAAUAAAUUAAAGAAAUUGGUUCAAGAACCAAAUUCAUUUUUCCUCGAUAUUAAAUGUCCUAGUUGUUUCAAUAUAAAAACUAUUUUCAGUCAUGCUCAAACAGCGAUCACUUGUGAUAAAUGCUCUACUUUAUUAUCAAGUCCCACUGGUGGUAAGGCUAAAUUAGUUGAUGGUUCCUCAUUUAGAAGAAAGUAG